AGAAUCUCAUGCAGGAUACAGAACUCUUUAUUUACUUUCCUAAAGAUAGAACAUGAAUAGGAAGCACAUCAACAAAGACUGGCUUCCCAUCUGCCCUCGAGAUAGUCGAUUCCAACCCAGAGAUCAAGUUUAUAAGAGCUGAAAUAGCCCCCCGUGUAGAUGUGCUCUUCCCAUCAAUUAAAAUACUAUUUCACAUCCAUCUUUCACUGCCAUCUCUACGUUCAUCCAAAUACUGCUCCUUGGCGGGAUCCAUUAAAGUGCACCACUGCUAUUGAUUCUAUUCUUCUUCUAUUGAUAUAUAAUGGCUAGGGUACGAAAGGCCAAACGCACCAAUCACCCAUUGGGCCAGUAUGGCAUUACCUACCGCCCCGCCACAGUCCGGAAAAUGCACCAGAGCACGCGGCUUCUAGCUGGCUGUCUCGGUCUAGACGAUGGGCAGCAGGUGUUCGAUCUCCUAUAUAAGGAUCCCGCGACCAAGCCGCUCCUGGAGGAAUGGUGCGAACAUCGCCGCAAUCAUUACGGGACGAGCCUCUCCGUGGCCAAGUUGACCAUCCAAGCGCCCGUCCUCCUGGCACUUGCGCAAGACCCCAAAGCCGAGCCCAUCAUCACCAGUGAUAUCCGUCCAGAGCUUGGGGAGAGGGAGGGGCGCGAGAGUAUCACUGCAGACUGGCUUGCUCCCUUGACAUGUCUCUGGUAUCUGGGGCGGAUUAUUGCGGGCAAACCGCAACUGUUCCCGAGUAGUGUGUGCCCGUCCAUGUCAGGGCGUCAGGGUUUCACACUGGAAUCACACCUCAACCCGUACGAUGUCCUCCAUGGGUGGAAGCUUUUGACCUGGGCGACGCGUCAGAGUAGGCUUCCAGAGCCAGGAAAAAAAUGGUGCUGGCACCGCCCUGCAAUUCAACCUUCAAGGUAUGUGCGUCGAGAGAAAGCUCUGGAUGGGUAGAUGAGUAGAUAGGUAAUCAUUGGACAGGGUGGGGUGGAAGUAUGGUGAUGAGGGUCAUUUGCGUUCUUGUUUAUAUUAGUGUUUCCUAGUAGAUAGUAAGAUAGAGUAUAUAAAUGAUCAAUCAAUC